UUCAUAAUGGGUUAAUAUAAAAAUACAAGUACUUAGUUGCUGGUUAUCCAACAUACGAAGUAUUUCUCAUAAUAUAUACGCUCAUACGCGUUAGUUAAAGCAUUCGUAAUGCGCAAGUCGUUUAAUAAAUAUGCGAUUUAUAUUAUCAUUGUGUCCUUGCUGCGUAGGUGGGCGAUUAUCUCAAUAAGUAGGACAAUUUUGACAGGAAAACUUGGUUAGUUGGGAUUAAAGAAGGUAAAAGAAUACCUUAUUUUUAUGACAAUUAGUAAUAUGAGAAACUACGUAGAGAAAGAAUGUGUAAAAUCAGAUUUUUGAUGAAUGUGGAAGUAAACAAAGUCUAAACCAUGAGUUGGUUACGAAGUAGUCCUUUGAGAACUAGUUUUAGUAAGCAACGUUCAAGAGAUUCUCCACCAAAAGACGCCGAUCCAUCAGCAUGUUAUGACAGUUUUUGUAAACAUUGGCAACAAGCGUACGAAAUUAUUUUACGUACAUCACCACCCAAAGGAAUAUGUAAUCAAGAUGAUGUUCUUGGAGUUGUUAAUCAUGUAGAUCAGAUGGUAACACUUUUAGUUCUAGAAUUACGAGAUUUUAACUUUUAUAAUAACUAUCGACAGUCUACUACAGCAACGCACUCUCCUUGUUUGGAAUAUUUAUUAAGUGAAAAUCUUCUUGUUAAACUUUAUGAUUGGAAUAGACAUAGUGGAAGAUUCAAUAAUGCUGUCCGUCUGGAACAAUUAAAACUAUAUGAACUUUUAGUGUCACAUAGUGGAACUCUUCUUGCUCAUGAACCUGUUGCUAGACCAUUAUUGCGAUUACUUGAAGAUUGUGCAAAUGAUAUUAUGCCAUUAGAAAUAGAAGAAAAAUUAGUAGUAUUAUUAAAUCAGUUAUGUGUUGCUUUAAUGCAAAACAUGGCAUUACUUGACUUAUUUUUUCAUCCAACAGCACUAGGGAAAAACAAAUUUAUUAUUUUUACAUUACUAAUACCAUAUGUUCAUCGAGAAGGUGGCGUAGGACAACAAGCACGUGAUUCUAUGUUACUAUGCAUGUCUCUUUCCAAAAAAAAUGAUGAAGUUGGCAUGUAUAUUGCUGAUCACUCUAACAUAUGCCCUGUAUUAGCUACAGGUUUAAGUGGGCUAUAUUCAUUGCUGCCAAGAAAAUUAGAUAUUGAAACCGGUGAUUGGCAUCGAUUGACACCAGAUGAUGUUAAUGAUUUACCAGCAUUAAUGCACCUCAUGAAUUCUUUGGAUUUUUGUAAUGCUGUCGCACAAGUUGCACAUCCUUUGGUACAAAAACAAUUACUAGAAUUUUUAUAUCAUGGUUUUUUGGUACCUGUGAUGGGACCAGCCUUGUUGCAGGAUUCUGUUGGUUUGACCAUAGAACAACUAGAUGCACAAGAACAUUGGACAACAGUGGAUGAAUUAGUUGCAGCAACAGCUUAUUUUGACCUAUUUCUUCGUUCUGUAACUGAACCUGGUCUUUUACGUUCAUUCGUUAGAUUUUUGCUUGAAGAUAAUUAUGAUGAGUGCAGAAUAUUGGAUAGUCUUAUUCAAAGGAUAUCUUCUAGAUCACGGCUGUGUCUAGUAACAUUGGGACUAUUUGAGACUUUAGUCAAUUUAAAUUGUGAAGAUAUUAUGCUAGAAUUGUGUUUAGGUGCAUUGAGCCCUUGUUCUCAUGUAAUGCUUUCACAACGUAGAAGAUUAAGGGAUAUAGAUCCAUUUGGACGUGCAGCUGAAAAGUUUCUUUCUUUAACACCAAGUUGUUGUUCGCCACUUACAUAUAUAAAUUCUCAAUUCAGUUCUUUACCUAACAAUACAACAUAUGAAAAACAUUCAAAUACUACAUCUGAAACCUUAAAAUCAUUACCAGCAUCUAUAAAUUAUGGUGUCAGAUUAUCAGACAGUCUUUAUGGAAAUUAUCAUGCAUACUUAUGUGAUGCUCGACAAAAAAUAAGAGCUUGCCGAAUUGCAUGUUCCAAUUGGUCAUAUCAAUACAAUGGAGAAUUACCAAAAGAUAGUACUACUAGUAGUGCAACUACUUUAAUAGAUGAUAAUACAUUAUUAGAUCAAUCUCAGAAGAAAACUGAAACAAUUAAAGAUUUAUCAUUAGAAACAUUAAAAGAAUCAAUGCUUUUCAAUGAAAUUAAUGAAAAUUUAUCAGUAGAUAAUAUAUUAGUUAAUAUUCAGACAUUAUUGGGUGGAAAAGAUUUAAAUGCAGUAGAAAAAGAGGUAAAAACAGAAUUCUUUGCUACAAGGAAUGUAGAGUUAUCAUUAGAAGAACAAGCAAAAUUGGAUGCGGAUAUAGCUGAAUUGUUAAAUGAAGAUAUUGGAAUAUCAGAGUCUGUUAAGGAGAUGUCAGUAAUAGAUAAAAAAGAAUUAGAUAGCGGUAUUGAUGAUUCAAACACUACUAUGAAUUCACUUUUAUCGUUAGGGGAAAGUAGUGGCUAUGAAAGUUGUGCAUUUAAAGGUUCAUUGCAGUCGACUCCGGAUAACGAACCUAGUGAAGAUCGAAUAAGUGAACAUGAAGAAAUAGAAAUUGAAUCGAAUAAAGAACAAGGUAUAUUUCUUCAUAGCAUCAUAGAAUCAAUUACACCAGAAGAAUUAACAGCAAACAAACAAAAUAAAGAAAAUUAUCGCCAAGAUGUAUUUAAUGGACAACCAAAUGUCGGUAUAUUUUUGGAUGUUCUUUUACGAAAACUUGAAUGCAUGACAAGUAAUAAUUUAUAUGUCAAUUUACAUCUAACUGGUCUUAUCAGCAGAUUGGCAAUAUAUCCGCAAUCCUUAUUACAAUCAUUUCUAUUGAAUCAUUCACUGGUAUUUCAACCCAGUAUUAGAUCAUUGUUUCAGGUACUUGCAUCUUUAAAACAUAAAAUAGAUCAAUUUCUUGUGCAACAUAAUAAUGUAGAUAUAUUGGUUGAACAAGCGCGACUAUUUUUAAUUAAUCGGGAAGAUAAAUUAGUGAAUGCAAGAAAGAAUGUAUUAGAAGCUGCUGCUCAUUCUGCUCCUUCUAAAAGAAAUUCUUUAAGUGGAGAACCAUUCUUAAGAGGUGAAAGUAAGAGAUGGAGUUUAACAUCAUCUUUUACACAAAUGCUUAGAAGAUCAAGUGGUAAUUCCGGUCCAAGUAGUUUAAUUAAUACCACCAAUCAAUCAACUGGUAUAUCAGAAAACCAAUUAGAAGCUAUUGGACAUGGUUCCGGAUACCGAUAUUACACAAAAACGUCCUGGGAAUCUCCAAAUGAAGUAAGUCCAGUACAAAAUGUGGUCUUAUGUGCAGUUGUAUUAGAUGAAUGGCUAAAAGAGUUAGCCGCUAUUACACAAGAACAUGCCAUUAUAUCUCUUACAAAUAAUUUGGAGUUUAAAGUUUAAUAUGGUUUUAAUAAAGUAAUAUGUGAUAUACUGCUAGACUUACAUAUAACAAAUCAUAUCAUCAAGUAUAAAAUGUUCAUCUGGGGUUAUUAAAUAGAAUAUCAAGAUAUGUAGAAUAUUGCUACA